AUGGCUGAUCAAGUAGCCCCAGCGGCGAAUGCUGGUGCAGAUGGAGCCCAACCGCCGCAAGAGGGUGGAGUCUGGGCGGUGGUUAAGGGAAUGGUGCGAAACAUGAUGAUCUUCUAUUUCAUCACCACGCUUAUGAAAGGAUUUACUGGUGGCGGACAGAACUCGGGCAACUCGACGGCGCCUACUUCUCGCUUCCCUCCCGCAAAGAACAUGUUCUCCGUUGGACAACUAUACGAUUUAUACUUUUAUCUUGGUGAGGAUGAUUCCCGGUUCGACUCGUUCAAUGAAGCCCCGUUGUGGAAAGAGGAAGGAUUACAGUACGGAGAUUGGAGUGGCGGUCCGGAAAAUGAUGGAAAUUAUUUGUUCGCGAAAACGAUACCGACACCUGAGCCUUUAACGAGAAACGCAUCACUUUAUCUACACGUCUUCGUUGUUAAGUCUGGUCAAAGUCCGAACCCACAAUCGAGAGAUCAUGUGAAACGCGAGGUGGUCUACGGAAGGCAGCAACUCAACAAGUACAAAAAGAAAUUCUACAAGAAGACUGCUAAUCUUUUGACGGGAAAGUCUGAGAAGAGCGAUGAAGAGCUUGCGAAAGCCGAUGUCAUGAAAUAUGAGGUACUCAACUUCUGGCAUCCAAACUUGACGAUCAACAUUGUCGAUGAUCAAACAGCUUGGACAAAGGGAUCACUGCCGGCACCACUCGAUGAAGCAGUUCAAUUCGACCCGUCUGGAACGCAGUACAAGCCCAUUCUCUUCUUCAACAAUUACUGGAAUCUAGGAUCGGAAUAUCAGCCUAUCAACGAGACUGUGAAAGAAGUAAAUUUGACGCUCACGUUCUCCCCGAUGUCACUUUUCAAAUACCAACUCUACGCUAGUCAACAGAUGCGUAACAAAUGGAGCGGCAUGCUGUCGGGAGAUUUCUUCGAGGAUGCACCUGACGACGAUCAAGAUCAAAUUAAACAGGCUUUACUCGAGACGUCUCCAAUUCUGCUGACUGUUACAGCUGUCGUCUCAUUGCUUCACACUGUUUUUGAAUUUUUGGCUUUCAAGAAUGAUAUCCAGUUCUGGCGAUCCCGGAAAUCGCUUGAGGGGUUGUCUGUUCGCUCAGUUUUGUUCAACAUUUUCCAGUCUGUCAUCGUUUUCCUUUACAUUUGUGACAAUGACACCAAUUUUGUCGUCAAGUGCUCGGUCUUUGUUGGAUUGCUAAUUGAAGGCUGGAAGAUCCCGAAGGUGAUGAAUGUGAAUGUCGAUUAUGAGAAUAAACUCUUCGGAAUCAUUCCUCGUGUUUCUUUCUCGGACAAGGGUUCUUAUGUGGAAAGUGACACAAAGGUCUAUGAUCAAAUGGCUUUCAAAUAUCUUUCUUGGGCACUCUUCCCAUUGCUUGGAGGCUAUGCCGUUUAUUCGAUGAUGUACAAUGAGCAUAAAGGUUGGUAUAGUUUUGUAUUGUCGAUGCUCUACGGAUUCUUGCUCACAUUCGGAUUUAUCACCAUGACGCCACAAUUGUUCAUCAAUUACAAGCUGAAAUCUGUUGCUCAUUUACCAUGGAGGAUGCUCACUUACAAGUUCAUCAACACAUUCAUCGACGACCUCUUUGCGUUUGUAAUUCGGAUGCCGACGCUGUAUCGAAUUGGUUGCUUCCGUGAUGACAUUGUUUUCCUCGUUUACUUGUAUCAAAGAUGGGCCUACCGUGUGGAUCCAAAGCGAGCCAACGAGUAUGGAACUUCGGGAGAACACCCAACCGGCAUCCCUGCAGCAGAAGGUGAAGAACAGAAGGCCGUUGAAGGAUCUCAACAAGAGCAACCUGAGCAACCAGAGCAACCUGAGCAACCUGAGCAAUCAGCCGAGGAAAAGAAGAAAAAU